AUGGCUACAAAUUCGAUUAAGCUCCUGACUGGCAACAGCCAUCCUGAGCUUGCCAACUUGGUUGCUGCUCGCCUCGGCAUUGAGCUGACCAAGAUCAUGGUUCUGCAAUACUCGAAUUCGGAGACAAGUGUUACGAUCGGUGAAAGCGUACGAGACGAGGAUGUGUUCAUCUUGCAGUCUACGAAACCCAACGACAUCAACGACGGAUUGAUGGAGCUUCUGAUUAUGAUCAACGCCUGCAAGACUGCCUCAGCAAGGCGCAUCACCGCUGUCAUCCCCAAUUUCCCGUACGCCCGCCAGGACAAGAAGGACAAGAGCCGAGCCCCGAUUACUGCGAAGUUGAUGGCGAACAUGCUGCAGACGGCUGGCUGCAACCACGUUAUCACCAUGGAUCUCCACGCCAGCCAGAUCCAGGGUUUCUUCAACGUUCCCGUUGACAACCUGUAUGCUGAGCCUAGCAUGUUGAAGUGGAUCCGGGAGCACCUGGAUGUGAGGAACUGCGUCAUUGUCAGUCCCGACGCUGGUGGUGCGAAGCGUGCUACCGGUAUCGCUGAUCGCCUUGACCUGCAAUUCGCUCUGAUCCACAAAGAACGUGCCCGCCCCAACGAAGUCUCGCGCAUGGUUCUCGUUGGAAACGUCAAGGACAAGGUUGCCAUCAUCGUUGACGACAUGGCUGAUACAUGCGGUACUCUCGUCAAGGCUGCCGACACGGUCAUGCAGCACGGUGCCAAGGAGGUCAACGCUAUCGUUGUCCACGGCAUUCUCUCCGGCAAUGCUAUCGAGAACAUCAACAAGAGUUGCCUGAACCGCGUUGUCGUGACCAACACUGUACCCCACAAGGAGAAGAAGGAGCUGUGCGACAAGAUCGACACCAUUGAUAUCAGCCCCACACUGGCUGAAGCCUGCCGUCGUACACACAAUGGUGAAUCCGUCAGCUUCCUGUUCUCGCACGCUGUUGCGUAG